AUGCACUUCUACACGCUCCUCCUGCCGCUCCUCGCGGUCGCGUGCGCCCAGCUCGGGCUUGCACAGAGCCAGUCGAGCAUCCCGAACACCUUCCCGCACGCAUGGCCCGGCCAGCCCAACGGGACCUUCAGCCCCGCAUGGCAGCAAUACUUUGAGGUGACGGAGAAGCUGCCGAGCAUCCCGAGUGGGCUGCCGCGCAUGUUCGCGGGGAACAUCCCCGUGAACAGGGCGGGGCACCCGAACGACACGCUGUUCUUCUGGGCAUUUGAGAAGGCGGGCGCGAAUGGGACGCUGACUGCGCCUGCGGAUGUGAAUAAUACGGAUCCGUGGAUCAUCUGGUUGCAGGGCGGCCCUGGGUCGUCGGGGAUGAUCGCGCUCACGACGGAGAACGGCCCUAUCCAUGUGCUCGCGAACGGCUCCUGGGUGCUGAACAACUUCAGCUGGAACCACCUCGCAGACACCAUCUGGAUUGACCAGCCCGUCGGUACCGGGUUCUCGACGGCAGAUUCGACAGGUUACGUUCCCGACGAAGACCAAACAGGGGAGGACUUCGUCGGCUUCCUCUCCAACCUGGUCAAGGUCUUCCCAAGCCUCGCGACACGGCCCCUGUUCCUGACCGGCGAGAGCUAUGCUGGGACGUACAUUCCGUAUAUCACGAAGCACAUCUUCCAGACUGAGAACCCGCCGGUCAAGCUGCGCAAAAUCGCGAUCGGCGACGGCUCGCUCGGCUCGGAGGCCACGGUCGAACAUGUUCCAGUCGUGAACGUGAUCGAGACGUACCCCGCGAUUAUUGGGUACGACCAGGACGUGUUCAACUACUUCCGCGAGCAAUCGCAUUUGUGCGGCUUCGACCUCAACCUGACGUACCCGCAGAAUGGGCACUUCCCGACAUUGAACCUGGUGAGACCUACCAGUGGCUCGGCGCUGUCCCAGUCGCUCUUGGAGCCCACGGAGUCGCGCGCAAGGACCGCUUCGUUGCAGAAGACUGUCGCCGCGAAGUUUUCCGGUGCGCAGAAUGAGCGCUCGCUUGGCAAGAGGGCCGAGUUCUUCGAGCGCAGGGAGGAGAACCGGCGAGAAUGGAAGCGGGACUUGAGCGGACGCGCGAACGGGACCAUCGACCCGAACUACGGCUGUUUCCUGCUGGAUGAGCUGAUUGACUACGCAGUCAACUUUACGUUCCCUUGGUCAAACGGAGACUUCGACGUCUACGACAUCCCAGAUGCGACCAGCCCCGAGCCCUUCCUGAACGCCUCCACCUUCUUCAACGACAACCGCACGCGCGCCGCGCUCCACGCGCCGACCUCCAAGGACUGGAUCCGCAACUUCAACUACCCGUUCGGAUCCGUGCACGACCGCACCAAAGGGAACCAGUAUGGCGACCCGAGCGUCGAGCCAAUCGCCUUCCUCUCCGACCUCGCGGCCAACGCGUCCGCCGCGAACGUCUCCAUCGUCUUCUACUCCGGCAACGACGACUCGCUCGUGCAGCAUCACGGCACGGAGGUCAUCAUCCAGAACAUGACCUUCGGCGGCGUCCAAGGGUUCACGCGCCCGCCCUCUACGCCCUGGUUCGACGACGCUGGGGAGUUCGCGGGGAUCGUGCAUCAGGAGCGCGGGCUCGCAUACGUCCUCAUCGCUGGGGCGGGCCACCUCGUUCCGGAGUGGAAGCCCGCGCAGGCGCUCGUGUUCCUCCGCGAGUUCGUGCUGGGGGACAACCUGAAUGGCACGGUGUCGGGCACGAUCGUGGUGGGUGGAGAGAACGCGACGCUCGCGAACGACUUCUUGCCGGGCGGGAACGAGAUCUUCUUUGGGUCGGCGGCGACGCAGGGGACGUCGACUAUUCCUGCAGCGACACAGGCAGCGUGGAGUAGCUUCAUCGCGACGGCGACAGCUACGCAUCCACCUCUAUUGAAUACGAACGGUGCAUCUAGAAGCGCGGUGUGGAAUGUCCUAGGGUGGUUUGGAGCGGCCGCUCUGGGGUCUUGGUUGGCGAUGUAA